AUGAAUACACUCCAUGUGCUGCAGAUUUGGGAAUGUGCAGACAGUGGGUGGUGCCUAAUGGUAUACUCCUCCCACUCACGGGCGGUGCGAGAUGCCUGUUGGUUGCCCUGUGGUCGACGCCUCCUCACUGGCUUCUUUGACAACCCAGCCAUGGUAACUGCAGGGGAGACAGGUGAGCAACGCUCUCUACAGCAGAUUGUGAAGGUGGGGAACCAGUUCAAGGUGAUGUGCUUGGCUGUGUAGCCCAACGACCCCGAAGUGUUCCUGUCUGGGGGUUACAGUGCAGAAGUCAAGGCUUGGGACGCCCAUACCUGCAAGAGGGUGUACCGAGCAGGAAUUCUGCAAACUUUGGCCAUCCUAUUCCUGACCGGGGGCAGGGAGUUUGUGACCAGCAGUGACUCAGUCAGCCAGGACUCUGCGGAGCGCACGCUCAUCGCAUGGGACUUCCAAACCAUUGCUAAGGUCUCCAAACAGAUCUACCAUGAGCUGUACAUGUGCCCCAGCCUAGCCCUUUACCUCAAGGAAGACUCCUUUGUAGCGCACACCAAUGACAACUACAUGGCCCCAUUGUCUGCACAGCGGCCAUACAGUGACAAGAGGAGGCGGUAUGAGGGACACAAGGUGGAGGCCUAUGCUGUGCUGUGUGACUUCUCUCCAGAUGGGUCCAUACUGGUCACGGGCACAGUCCACUUCUACGGCCAGCAGAGCACACGGAUGCUGAAUACGCUGCACUCACACCAGCAGGCCUAAGUGACUCUGCACCCUGUGCUGCCCGCUGUGGUGACUACGUAUGACUGGGGUGACGCAGCGAUUGACACAGAAGAGGGUAAGGGGAAUGACUCUGAAAGCUCUCAUAGAUGA